AUGAAAGCAUCGGAAUCCACGGUAAAGCUAUGGAGUGCCACAUCGUCACCAUCGGCCAGUACCGAAAACCUUUACCCGCACGGUCCAGAAUCUGCGCCCGGUACGCACUGGGUGCACGUGGGUGGCGACGGCGGUGGGAGCGGACGCGGUGUAGCAUCGCAUCGACAGACCGGCGAUCAGCAGCAACAGCCGCAGACGGUUGGUUCGGACACGACCGGUGGCACGCGGACGCAUUCGGCGAACGAACACAUCACACUAAAUCUAGCCGGCUGUUCAGCUGAUCUCCGGAGUAUGAAGAGUGCAGCUAAUGGUGGUGGACGCACACGGGCCAGCAGGUCGGCAGAUCAGCAGCAGUGUUCGGGUGCGGUCACGGAAGCUACCUACGGAGUCAGUGUCGCACCGUCCGGUGCUGCGUACGGUUUAACUAGUGUAAAUAGCAAUCACGGCGUUGGGUUGCCGGCCGGUUCGGGUAGUGCGAGUAGCCGCAGCCGCCAGAGCGGUUACAGUGCCAGUAGCUACAGUAACGGAAGCAUCGCCGGCUUCAACAUCAACGGUAACGGCGGUGAGCGAAGUGCCUGUCUGCCAGUAAUUUCCUGCUGCUACGUCGGCAAGAUGCGCAUGUUCGUGAUCCUGCUCGCGGUAUCCUGCGUCACCGUGUUCGGAUUCGCACACUAUAUGGAUAGUUCGCCCAUUACUAGUCUUAUGCAUCGUGAUGCAAGGCCACCGGCGCCACAGAUCCACUGCCGGAUGCUGAACGGGAAAACCGCAAUCGAUGGUGGGCUAACGCCGGACCACCGGUCCGAAGCACGGUUGCGCAUCGAUCCGAAGGUGCUGGUCUUUGUCGAGACGACCUACACACAGCUGGGCAAGAGCAUCACCGAGCUGCUCGUGCACAAUCGCAUCAAGUACAAAGUAGAAGUUGCCGGCAAAAGCCUGCCGGUACUGACGAAUCAGGACAAGGGCCGAUAUGGCGUGAUUGUGUUCGAAAAUUUAGACAAAUAUCUCAACAUGGACAACUGGAACCGGCAGCUGCUUGACAAAUACUGUCGAGAUUAUUCGGUCGGCAUCAUUGGCUUCGUGAGCCCGAGCGAGGAAACGCUGGUCGGUGCACAGCUGCGCGGCUUUCCGCUGUAUGUGCACACGAAUCUGCGGUUACGGGAUGCGAGUUUGAAUCCUGGCUCGCCCAUCCUUCGGUUAACGCGUGCAGGCGAUACCGCAUGGGGUCCGCUGCCCGGGAGCGAUUGGGCAAUAUUUCAGCACAAUCACAGCGGGUACGAGCCGCUCGAAUGGGCGCAGAAGAAUGUGAUGGACUACCCAACGGACGGUGUUGCGCAGCCCCCGUUGGCCACCGUGUUGCAGGAUCACGGUCAGGUGGAUGGCAUCCAGCGAAUAUUGUUCGGUUCGGGUUUGAAGUUUUGGCUGCAUCGAUUGCUGUUCCUUGACUCGCUUUCCUAUCUCAGCCACGGGCAGCUAAGCUUGAACUUGGAACGCCGUGUACUGAUCGACAUAGACGACAUCUUCGUUGGCGAGAAGGGAACGCGGUUGAAGCCGGACGAUGUACACGCACUGAUUGCAACGCAGAACCGCAUCGGUGAGAUGGUGCCGGGAUUCCGGUUUAAUUUGGGUUUCUCCGGAAAGUACUUCCACCAUGGGACGCACGAGGAAAAUCUGGGCGAUGAUAUGCUGCUGCGUAACGUGGCCCAGUUUAACUGGUUCUCGCACAUGUGGAACCAUCAGCAACCGCAUCUGUACGAGAACGUGACACAGCUCAUGAACGACAUGAUGCUGAACAAAGACUUCGCCAAGGAACACGGCAUACCGACCGACUCGGGAUAUUCGGUAUCGCCGCAUCAUUCGGGUGUCUAUCCCGCACACGAACUGCUGUACACCGCCUGGAAGAAGGUUUGGAACAUUAAGGUCACCUCGACCGAGGAGUACCCGCAUCUUCGACCGGCUCGGUUACGCCGCGGCUUCAUCCACCGCAACAUUAUGGUACUGCCCCGGCAAACUUGCGGUCUGUUUACGCACACGAUCUGCAUCGACAGCUAUCCCGGUGGGCGCGACAAGCUGGACGAAUCGAUCCGGGGCGGUGAACUGUUUCAAACCAUCGUGUACAACCCGAUCAACAUCUUCAUGACGCACAUGUCCAACUACGGCAACGAUCGGCUAGCACUGUACACGUUCGAGUCCGUUAUUAAAUUCCUGCGCUGCUGGACCAAUCUGAAGCUGACGUCCGUACCGCCGCUACAGCUUGGCGAGCUGUACUUCAAGCUGCACCCGGAAGAGCGUGAUCCGAUCUGGGGCAAUCCGGCGGAUGAUCCGCGGCACGCGAAAAUCUGGGCUGGUAACAAGCGACGCACUACACUGCCCAAGCUGCUGGGGCUUGGACCACAGAAAACGGGCUCGACGGCGUUCUAUACGUUUCUGAGCAUGCAUCCAGCGGUCGCGAGCAACCUCCCCAACUCGGACACGUUUGAGGAGAUUCAGUUCUUCAACGGGAAUAACUAUUACCGUGGGUUAGAUUGGUAUCUGAACUUUUUCCCCCUACAGCCGAAUGAUACCGAUGAUAAGUUCAUGUUUGAAAAGUCUGCCACCUACUUCGACGGGGAACUCGUGCCGAAACGAGCCCAUGCACUGUUGCCGAAAGCACAGCUGGUAACCAUACUGAUAUCACCCGCCAAACGAGCCUAUUCCUGGUACCAGCACAUCAAGGCCCACGGAGAUCCGAUAGCGAACAACUACAGCUUUUAUCAGGUCAUUACUGCCUCAGAAGCGGAACCGAAGGCAUUGCGAGAUCUGCGCAAUCGUUGCCUCAAUCCCGGCAAGUACGCACAACAUCUCGAACGAUGGCUCGCCUGUUAUCCACAGCAACAGCUCUACAUUAUCGAUGGGGAGCAGCUAAAAUCGAACCCGGUAGCGGUGAUGAAUGAUUUGCAGCGUUUCCUAAAGCUGCCCCCGUACGACUACAGCCGACAUUUACGUUUCGACAAUAAGAAGGGUUUCUACUGCCAGGUGGUGUCCGAUAAUCGUAACAAGUGUCUCGGCAAGUCGAAAGGUCGCCAGUAUCCGCCGAUGGACGAUCGGAGUGCCAAAAUGCUCCAAAAGUACUAUCGCAUCCACAAUCAGGCGCUGGUGAAGCUGUUGAAGAAAUUAGGCUCACGUCCAAUCCCACAAUGGCUCAAGGAGGAUCUAUCGGUGACGUCUUAA